AUGACCCAGCGGUGGGGCCCCCAAAGGCUUGCAGGUGGGCACCCGCAGCCCAGCUAUGAGGACAGCACCCAGGCGAGCAUCUUCACCUACACCAACAGCAAUGUCACCCGAGGCCCCUUCGAAGGCCCCAAUUAUCACAUCGCUCCCAGGUGGGUGUACCACCUCACCAGCGCCUGGAUGAUCUUCGUGGUCUUUGCAUCUGUUUUCACGAACGGGCUUGUGCUAGCAGCCACCAUGAGGUUCAAGAAGUUGCGUCACCCCCUGAACUGGAUCCUGGUGAACUUGGCAGUCGCUGACCUAGCAGAGACCAUCAUUGCCAGCACCAUCAGCGUCGUGAACCAGAUCUAUGGCUACUUCGUGCUGGGCCACCCUCUGUGUGUCGUGGAGGGCUACACUGUCUCCUUGUGUGGGAUCACGGGUCUCUGGUCCUUGGCCAUCAUUUCCUGGGAGAGGUGGAUGGUAGUCUGCAAGCCCUUCGGCAACGUGAGGUUUGAUGCCAAACUAGCCAUCGCAGGCAUUGCCUUUUCCUGGAUCUGGGCUGCUGUGUGGACAGCCCCACCCAUCUUUGGCUGGAGCAGGUACUGGCCCCAUGGCCUGAAGACGUCGUGCGGCCCAGACGUGUUCAGUGGCAGCUCGUACCCAGGGGUGCAGUCCUACAUGAUCGUCCUGAUGAUCACGUGCUGUAUCAUCCCACUCAGCGUCAUCAUCCUCUGCUACCUCCAAGUGUGGCUGGCCAUCCGCGCAGUGGCAAAGCAGCAAAAAGAAUCUGAGUCCACCCAGAAGGCGGAGAAGGAGGUGACGCGCAUGGUGGUGGUCAUGAUCUUUGCGUACUGUGUCUGCUGGGGGCCCUACACGUUCUUUGCAUGCUUCGCCGCUGCCCAUCCUGGCUACGCCUUCCACCCCUUGGUGGCUGCCCUGCCAGCCUACUUCGCCAAAAGUGCCACUAUCUACAACCCCAUAAUCUAUGUCUUUAUGAACCGGCAGUUUCGAAACUGCAUCUUGCAGCUUUUUGGGAAGAAGGUGGACGAUAGCUCUGAACUCUCCAGCGCCUCCAAGACAGAGGCCUCGUCUGUGUCUUCAGUGUCACCUGCAUGAGUGUCUCCCAGCCAUGACAACAACAAGGUCUGCUCCCACCAGGAAACAUAACCCCUGCCCCCACACCAGCACUUUCGCUGCCACCCCCUCCGCCACCCCUUCUUCUCUAUCCCUGUGAAAGGAAUGUAGUUUCUCUUUGCCAAAAGCAACAAAGUCAUAGAGGCCACCACUGCAGCCUGGGGACACCGGAGCCUC